AUGCUGCAACAGGAGGCGUUCCGAAUACACAGGAAGUCUAGCGACGCCACGGCUAGCGUCGGCACAGGAUACCAGGACGAUGCCGUCGCCACCAACACCCCGUCGUGCACUUCGACUUCCCACUUGGUGCCACCAUCGUCUUUACUAGCCCCUAAUGGAUGCUCUUCGACAACGGCGGUGGGGGCCGGCGAAGUCGCGGCGGUGUCAUCAAUAUUGUCACCACCAACGUCGUCGUCAGCUCACGGCGAGCAGAUGCCGAGUCUCCAUACAUUAGUGCAGGAGACGCAUGCUGAGACAAAAUCGCAGCAGCAGAUCUUGGCCGAGCGCGCGCACGCCUCGUUUCGCCAUGACCGCCGCCUCCAACGAGGUCAGAUGGAUCCCAGACAGACCGACGCACUCGCAUCGUCAACGCCUCACUCACCUCCCCCUUGGACGGGCUCUCCAGCGUGGGUGGCACUUCCAGAGUCGGUGGUGGCACACAGUGAGGAGACCGCCCCGCCUUCGCUGCUGCUCGAUGGCGCCGAUGAAGGUGACUGUGUCUCUACUCGCCCGACCGCGUGGAUGUGCAGCUCCUUCUCUGUCAUGAACUCCACUCCGCCUCAGCUGCUUCCGCCAUCCGCUGCAUCUAAGACGAGCUCCGCAACACCUGAUGGACGGGUGGGCUGGCUGGCAUAUCAGUCUCUCACCGCGGAGGAUGACGAGGGCGAUGUGGAGUACAAGUGGCGCCUCACCGGCAUCUCGCCGAGCCGCUUCCAGCACCUCGUGACGCAAAUGCAGUUUCGUGUCUCAGAGGGCCAUGGCCAGUGCCUCUAUGAGCUCGGCGUCUCCGACGACGGCACCCCUCGCGGGUUGACCCGGCGGGACUUCAACGAGUCCGUGCAGACCAUUAAUCGUAUGGCAGCUCAGCUGCAACUAGAGGCGACGCUGCUGCAAUGCUGUGUCGUCAGAAAGACUGCCGCGACCCCGGCCAGAGGCAGCGUUUCCUCUCCAUACGACAAGUUAAAGUUCACUGCGGCAGAGAGCGCGGGGCGAGAUGGCGAACAACAUGAGCCAUGCCUCAGCAAGGAGAAUGAGGAGGAGCUGCUGUGUGGAGAGAUUAUGCUAUCGCGGCGUCAGGCAGGCAAUGGCGGCCACGAUUUGAGCGUCGCCUUCUGCGGCGCCGUCGGCUCUGGCAAGUCGACGCUGAUGGCGGUGCUCCUCACGUCUCGCCUCGACGACGGCUGCGGUGGAACGCGGCAGUCCCUCUUCAACCACAAGCACGAGCUCGACACAGGGCGGACAAGCUCGCUGGCGUCGCGGAUUUGGACGGUGAAGCAGGAACCGGCUGACACGUCACCAGAGCCGACGCGGUCUGUCAGUGCAGCGCAGCUACCGUCGCCCAGGGACUCGCCCGCUGCGGCCCUGCGCGGCUCCGCUUGCAGCUGGUCCUGCGCCUCAUCUCCUGCGGCGCCGCUGCCACCAUCAACGCUGCCUUUCAUGGGCGCCUCGCCGCGCUCCAUCACGCUUCUCGACGCUGGCGGCGACAUCACGAAAACGAUGCUGUUUUGCCUCAUGAGCCGCAAGCCGGAUUACGUGUGCGUGUGCGUGGCGGCCGACACUGCCGACGUCUCCGACGUCUCUCUCUACGCGGAGGUGUGCUGCGCCAUGAACACACCGCUUGUCGUGGUGGUCACCAAGAGCGACUUGGUGGAGGAAUUCGAGCUGGAUGGCCUUAUCAUGGAACUCGCGAUUGCGCUGGAGGUGGUGGGGUGUGAGUCGGAGCAGGUGGACUCGACACUGAUGGCCGCAGCGUACUGCCGGGCGUGGCUACCACGCCACCGCGACUCCGCCGUGGAGGGAGGUGUGGGCACGACAACUCCCAUUUCCACCCCAAACACGACAGCGGGCCCGCCCCGUGUCGAGCGGCUGCGCGUGCCCGUGUUUUGUGUGUCGUCGGUGCAAGGCGGAGAAGGUCUGGAGUUGUUCCGCUAUUGCCUCUCCCACCUACAGAGACCUCCUCCCUCGCCUCUGCUGAGCCCGUCAUCGUGGGCAUCAAAGCCCCCCUUUGAAGUGCUCCUGGACUACGCCUUUGUCGUCGAUGGCGUGGGGCACGUCGUGCACGGCCGCGUCGCACGCGGCGCAGUGGAGGUGGGGUGCAGCUGCUACAUUGGGCCUGGCAGCGACGGUCGCUUCUAUGCUGUGCUUGUGCGCGGCAUCCACGUUGACGGUGAGCACGUGAACGAGGCCCAGGUUGGCGACGAGGCCACGUUCGCUCUGAACCGACUUCCGGACGCGGUGACGGUCUCGCAGAAGGGGAAAGUUCUUGUGCGCCAGCCGGAGACGGCGGUGUGGUCUUUCCAGGCUGCCGUCUCGGUGCUAUCGCAGUCGAUAAGCGCGCAUAUGGAGCCGAUCAUGUACACUCGCAAUGCGCGCCAGGCUGCGUGCGUGACUUCUGUGACGUCACCUGGUAGCGAGGAGGAGAGCGACGCCGCCGCAGCUACUGGCCUCCGCGCGAGCGUCCUGGUACAGUGCCGUUUUCUUUUUCGUCCAGAAGUGGUCAGCGCCGGCGACGCGGUGGUGCUGCACUGGGCCCCGCGCGGCAUUGCCGUUGGCCGCAUCACGUCCGUGAAGGCGCCGGUCAAGUUGUAG